GGGACUUGUCGAGAUUGUAGCAAUAAAGAGGACACCAAAAACGCCGACCUUUUUUUUGAAAUUGGAGGUGCUGAUUGUCUAGAUUGUCCUGAUGGUGAUAAUGGAAAGAAUGAGAGCGGGGAAGAGAAAUAA